AGAUACUCAAACUACCACUCUGACUAUUCCUGCUGAUAAGAACAACAAUGAUGCAACUUACUGGUGUGUUAUCACUUCCACUGAACAUGCAGCCGGUUUAGCUAAUGAUAUUAAAUGAUCUUGAAACCAUUUAUCUCAAAUUAUUUCAGCUAUUGCUCCUGUUGUCAUGUCGGCAACUACUGCUGUGGAUCAGACAUUGGUCUGCAAUAUCGGAGACGUAACUACAGCUGUUACUGUAUCAUGGACGAGUGGAGAUAACACCCCAAUAACAGACGGUCAGGGAGGAUACACUAUCACCCAAGGGACAGUUAGCACCAAUAUCCAGGAAUCUAGUCUGACCAUCACAGCUGCUACGCUACAACAACUGGAUACAAGUUCAGUGAUAUGGAAGUGUGCAGCUAAGUCCUCACACUACCCAGACUCAGAGCAGUCUGAAUACAAAGAUCUCACUCUCACUUUCCUUACUUUAGGGGUAGUCGCAAAAGACAGCGAAGUUCUCGAGGACACAGCGGCAACAAUAUCUUGUGUAGUGAACGGCCUGACAAAGCAAUUGGACGCGGUAACAUGGAAGAAACCUAGUACGGGUGGUGUUAUAACUACCGGUACUGACGACUAUCAGAUUGACGUUGGAACUUACGAUUCUGGUUCAAACAGUCAAACUACAAUUCUGACAAUUCCUGGACCUGUAAACGGGGCUGAUGCUGUUUACACAUGUGUCAUUCAAUCUGACGAGCAUGGAAAGACAUCAGGGUCUGAAGAGAAAACUGAUGUUAAAUCGAACGUGUUCACUAUUGCUCCUGUUGUCAUGUCGGCAACCACCGCUGUGGAUCAGACAUUGGUCUGCAAUAUCGGAGACGACACUACAGCUGUUACUGUUUCAUGGACGAGUGGAGAUAACACCCCGAUAACAGACGGUCAGGGAGGAUACACUAUCACCCAAGGGACAGUUAGCACCAAUAUCCAGGAAUCUAGUCUGACCAUCACAGCUGCUACGCUACAACAACUGGAUACAAGUUCAGUGAUAUGGAAGUGUGCAGCUAAGUCCUCACACUACCCAGACUCAGAGCAGUCUGAAUACAAAGAUCUCACUCUCACUUUCCUUACUUUAGGGGUAGUCGCAAAAGACAGCGAAGUUCUCAAAGACACAGGGACGACAAUAUCUUGUGUAGUGACAGGCCUGACAAAGGGAUUGGACGCAGUAGGAUGGAAAAAUCCGGAUGGUUUUAUAACGCACGGUUCUGACGAUAUCGAUGACUAUCAGAUUGAAGAGGGGUCUUACAUUUUUGGUUCAAAAAGUCAAACUACAGUUCUGACAAUUCCUGCAACCAAAAACACGGGUGAUGCUGUUUACACAUGUGUCAUUCAAUCUGCCGAGCAUGGAAAGAUAUCAGGGUCUGAAGAGGAAAACACUGUUAACUCGAACGUGUUCACUAUCACUCCUGUUGACAUGUCGGCAACCGACGCUGUGGACCAGACAUUGGUCUGCAAUAUCGGAGACGUAACUACAGCUGUUACUGUAUCAUGGACGGAUCAAGAUAACACCCCAAUAACAACCGGUAAUGGAUACACUAUCACACCGGGGGCAGUUGACGGUGUCACCAAUAUCCAGGAAUCUAGUCUGACCAUAGACACUACUACGUUAAAAGAACUGGAUACAAGUUCAGGCUCCGUGAUAUGGAAGUGUGCAGCUAAGUCCUCACAAUACCCAGACUCAGAGCAGUCUGAAUACAAAGAUCUCACUGUCACUUUCCUUACUUUAGCGGUAGAAGCAAAGGACAGCGAAGUUCUCAAAGACACAGUGGCGACAAUAUCUUGUGUAGUGACAGGCCUGACAAAGCAAUUGGACGCAGUAGCAUGGAAAAAUUCGGAUGGUUCUAUAACGCACGGUUCUGACGCUACCGUCGACUAUCAGAUUGAAGAGGGGACUUACAUUCUCGGUUCAAAAAGUCAAACUACAGUUCUGACAAUUCCUGCAACCGAAAACAAGCAUGAUGCUGUUUACACAUGUGUCAUUCAAUCUGACGAGCAUGGAAAGACAUCAGGGUCCGAAGAGGAUGAAACUGUUAACUCGGACGUAUUCAGUGAGUAUCUUACUGAUUUUAACUUGUUACGGAUGUUUAGAAGUUUAAUCUUGUUACUUGUGAAGGCACUAACCAUGCUAUACCAAUGGUUUUUCUAGUAGCUGGUUUAGCUAAUGAUAUUAAAAUGAUCUUUAAACUAUUUUAUCUAGUAAAUUUUAUUUUACAAAAGUCCAAAGGUCCUUCGCAUUUGGUCGUUUCACUAUUUCUGAACGAAAUAGUUGUCCACAUUUUAUUUUAAAUAGCCCUCGUGAAAUCCUGCUCCUAUGUAAUUAUGUAAGAUAGCAGAUUCCCAAUACCAUUAUUACUAAUAUUAAUGA